UGACUGAACCGACGUCUUCUUAAGUAGUACUCCAGUACACAUUGAUAGCAUUUCUCACCCAUACAUCUACGCAGCCUGCCAGGCAGCUUAUCAUCCUCCUCCUCCUACUCCUCUCCCGUUUUCUUUUGCUCUUCAUCACCAUCAUCAGUUCAUCACGCCUUGGAGCAGAACAAGCAGAUGCAUCCCCUGUAUGCGUGGCCUUUUCUCAUCCCCCUUCUGCUCUUGCCGGUGCCACCUUCUGUGCAAGAAUCCGAUGAUUACUUCAGGUACACGAGCUGCGCCCCAGCUCCUUACAGCUGCGGAUCACUCCAGUUCGACGUCGAUUACCCCUUCUCGGCGAGCGGAGUCGGCCGUCGUCCGGACUACUGCUCUUACCCGGGGUACCGUCUCGUCUGCAACACGGACGGCAAGCUGAUGAUCUACAUGAAUUCCACCGCGUUCCAGGUUACGGCUAUCGACUAUGGCAACAAGAUUCUCGUGGUCAUCGACCAAAAUCAACCUCAGCCCCAGGAGACAUGUCCGUAUCUCUACCACAACACCACCAUCGACGAGGCCAAGUUCAUGUACACAGAUCGCGACCAGUUCUUGACGGCGUACGUCAACUGCACCGCCAAUCUAUCCUCUCUGCCUUCUAUCUAUGAUCUUGUGUCGUGCAUUUCCGGGGGAAGCUCCUACUACAGGCUGCACAAGAACAAGGACGACUCGCUGGAAUCGGAUCUUCUGGGAUCAUGCAGCUCAACGAUUGCUGUUCCAUACAACUUGACCAUGGCAGCCUCCUUAGCUGCUGGAAAUUCUAGACUUGGGGAUGUGAUAAGAGGCGGUUUCACGGUGAGGUGGAAGGCUGGACUGGGGUGGUGUAGUGACUGUAAGGCUUCUGGAGGGCAGUGUGGGUUUAACAGCAGCUUUCCUAGCGACCAAACAUGUUACUGCUCAUAUGGUCAGGCCAUUGGAUCAUGCUCCUCCUCUUCUUCAUCAGGACAAAAAAUAUCGAGAAAAAGGAAAAUUAUAAUAGCAACCUCCACUGUUGCCGGCGUCCUACUCGUCCUUUUCUUCGUCGUGUCCUUCUUGUACAUACGUAAGAGAAGACAGUACAAGAUGAGCUCGUCGUCGAGACUGCUCAAGUACACCACCACCUCCGGCGAGACGCCGCGGUCGAGAGGCAGCAGCGACAAGUUCAUGGAGUCCGGCAGCAGCAGCAGCUUCCACUACCUGCAGACGCACCACUUCGCCUACGAGGAGCUGGAGGCGGCGACCGACGGCUUCAGCGACGCCAGAGAGCUCGGCGACGGCGGCUUCGGCACCGUCUACAAAGGUGAGCUCCGAGAUGGCCGCGCCGUGGCGGUGAAGCGGCUGUACAACAACAGCUGGCGGCGAGUGGAGCAGUUCGUGAACGAGGCGGCGAUACUGUCCCGGCUGCGCCACCCGAACCUGGUGCUGUUCUACGGCUGCACGUCCAGCCGCAGCCGGGAGCUGCUGCUGGUGUACGAGUUCGUGCCCAACGGCACCGUCGCCGACCACCUGCACGGGCGCCGCGCGGCGGAGCGCGCGCUGGCGUGGCCACUCCGCCUCGACAUCGCCGUCGAGGCGGCCGCCGCGCUCGCCUACCUCCACGCCGUCGAGCCGGUUCCGGUCGUGCACCGCGACGUCAAGACCAACAACAUCCUCCUCGACGCCAACUUCCAUGUCAAGGUCGCCGACUUCGGGCUCUCCCGCCUCUUCCCGCGCGACGCCACGCACGUCUCCACCGCGCCGCAGGGCACUCCAGGGUACGUGGAUCCGGAGUACCACCGGUGCUACCAGCUCACCGACAAGAGCGACGUCUACAGCUUCGGCGUCGUGCUCGUGGAGCUCAUCUCGUCGAAGCCCGCGGUGGACGUGACGCGGGACCGCGACGAGAUCAACCUGGCCGGCAUGGCCAUCAACCGGAUCCAGAGGUCCCAGGUGGACGAGCUGGUGGACCACGAGCUCGGGUACAGCUCCGACCAGCCGACGAGGAAGACGAUGACCAUGGUCGCCGAGCUGGCGUUCCGGUGCCUGCAGCAGAACGGCGAGAUGCGGCCGCCGAUCAGGGAGGUGUUCGACGUCCUCAGGGGCAUCCAGGAAGAGUGCAGGGCGGGGAAAGGCGGCAAGAGAGACGCGUCGCCAUGCUCGCCGAACACCGUGCACGCGCCAUGGGACAGCAUGAGCACGACACCGAAUACUAGCCAGUGACGUCUCCGUUGAGAGAUUCGCUUGUUUUUAGGCCUACCGGUUGAUGUAAAUUAUGCUAUUCUUUUCAUCUUUGAAACAGCAGAAAUGAAUGACGAAAUGUACAUAGAAACUUAUAAAGUUGUGAUUCCAUUUGGCAUGAUGACCCAGAGUAGGUACAAUAACAGUCUAUAAGCCCGUUAUAAUUCUAUAAACAUAUUUUAAGCAGA